AGCAUGCACCAAGCAUCGAUCCUCAUAUGCCGCGCUCUAAGGUGAGGCCGACUAGACACAAUGGAAGGACACUCGAGAGACACAGCGUUGGAUAUUGCUUCGACAACCACCCCGACUAUUCAUGCGUCGUAGAAGCCUCUCGUCGAGCUGUCAUGCGACAGAUUAACAAGCUUAAAGAUACAGCCUGUAUCAAAGCCUCGACAAACUGUUCGCUAGACUUGGCGCCGCAGAAGUACCCCCCUCUUUCAAAACGGCCACUCAGAAGUCAAAACAUACCUGUCGAUCGAUGGGUGUGGCGGAAUCCACUUUAGACGACCGAGAUGAAGAGAGGGUGAAAGGACGGCGUUCGACUGGUCCACACCUUGUUUCCGACCACCAGUUGGCCACUGACAUUUCGGAGUUGAUACCAGGAACCAUACGUUCUUCCCAAAACGGUCUGAUCUCGGAGCGUCUUUGCUUCUCGGACAGAGAUUCUCUUGAGAGUUCAGAGAAAGCCUCACCACGCUCUUGUUUUGAAGGCUGAACUCGGCGGUCCGAGACCACAGUACGAAAAUGCAUUGGUGACAUCUACCGUGCUCCCAGUCAUGGACAACUGUCCGUGACCCAGAUUCAAUGGUGAUCCAACCGCCAUCUUUCAAGGAUGAUAUGGGUCUCGGAUCCACGGACCUCAGAAACGCCCAUGGGUGGUCGACCGACUUUGAAAGACCGGGGCAGCGACAUGGCUUCCCCCAGCUUUGAUGGACCAUCUGCUAGGGCCGCACACUUCAUCCCAUGUUUGUUGCCUUUACGGAACCCCCUUGGGCCCAGAAUGGUUGACCUCCUGGAUGAUCUGGUACGUAAUCUCCGUACAUAGGAGUUGAUGCUCUUGGUGUGGAUGGACAUCGGUAUUAAUAUGCGACCAUCCUGCGACCUCAAACUCGACUUUUCUUCUCUUUCUUCUUCAGCCCAACAAGCCAUUUCUAAGCUGCCAGUUUCAGAAACUUUUGACCUCGGUCGUCCAUUCUUUCACCACUUUCGAUAUAACAACAUAUUUUUAAGCUUAUAGCUUCAGCCUUUCAUUACAUACCAACUUCCAAUUCUUCAAGAUGCGUUACUCUACUGCCGCCGCCGCUCUCCUGGCCUCUGGUGCCAUGGCCACCGAGAUCUCCAAGGUCUACGAGACCAAGCGAGUUACCAUCACCUCUUGCGGUCCUGAGGUCACCAACUGCCCUGCUCGAUCUACUGUCACCAGCAACACCGUUUACCCUGUCCCUCCCCAGGUCACCUCUGCUGAGCAGGGCAGCGAGACCACUGAGGAGGUCCCUGAAGUUCCUGAGACCACUGAGGCUCCCUUGACCACCUCUACCAUCUACUCUACCAACAUCAGGACUAUCACCUCUUGCGCCCCCGAGGUUCCUGACUGCCCUGCCCGAUCUGGUACUCCCGUCGUUGUCACCGAGACCAUUGCUGUCUCCACCACCAUCUGCCCCGUUGAGCCUACUGGUGGCAGCGAGAAGCCUGGAAAGCCUGAGCAGCCCGGCAAGCCUGAAAAGCCCAGCUCGCCCGGUUACGAGCAGCCUUCCGGCCCCGCUCCUCCCGCUGAGACCAAGCCCGUCGAGACCAAGCCCGGCUACGAGCAGCCUUCCGCUCCUGCCCCUCCUGCCGAGACUAAGCCUGCUCAGCCUAGCAAGCCCGUUGUCCCUGGACAGCCUCAGCACCCCGGUAACGGCACCGUCCCCGUCUACCCCAACCCUCCCGCUACUCAGAGUGGUGAGAAGCCCGUUGUUCCUCCCACUCCUGUUCCCGUCCCCAGCAACCCAGGCAACCCUGAGCAGUGCGUUCCCUCUCAGUCUGUGACUGCCAUCACCAAGGAGUACACCACCGUCCUCACCAGCGUUGAGUACUCUACCAUCCAGGUUCCUUGCGCUACUGGCACCACUCCCGGCAACCCUAGCAACCCCGGCCAGCCUGGGUCUCCUACCGGACCUGCUGUUCCUCCUCCUGCCACCACCCCCAUUGGCGGAGGUAACCAGACCGUUCCUACUCCUCCUGCCGUCACUGCUGGCGCUGCUACCUUCGCCGGCUCUGCUUUCUUCGCUGCCGUUGCUGGUCUCGCCGCUUUCAUCCUGGUCUAAAACUAUUCCCCUUUCUCCUAGCAUCUGUUGAAGCCUGCAGGCUAUGGCAACUUAUGAACUCUUCUGUGUUUAAUGGUCUUGCUGGAAUGUAUAGUACUCGAGUAGACUUUUGAAUACAUUGCUUUUUUUUUUGGCUUACUUCUAUGUACUUGGAUAUAUCUGAUCCGCAGUCUGGGAUAUGCGAUUGGAACUUAUUUGCUAUUGUUUAAUUCUGACAUGAUAUCUCUAUAUGGCAGUCUUUGGGAACUUUGUGAUUCAACUUGCUCGCAACUCAAGAAUUCUCAAAGUGAAUGUCGUUGUAUUGGGGCGGACACUAGUUUGGCGCCAAGGAGUGUUAUCAAGCCACC